UCUCCCUCAAUCCUCAGUAUCGCUCGCGCGACCGAUAAGUGACUAGGGCGAUUCGCUCACGUGCGCCACUCACGCAGACCGCAGCAGAGAGCAGAGCAGAGCAGGGACGAGGCAGGAGCGCGAAAGGAAGAGACAAAUCGUGCCGUGAUCUGCAUCGACGAAGCAGAAGCCGGAGGAGGCGUCAGGCGAGAAUCUGGGAAAGUGAUUCCGUGAACGAUGGUGUCCUCAACAAUGACGGAAAUGGAUCCGAUAAAAAAAUCAUGUGACAUAAUGGGCAUCGCACCGGGCAAUUAUCGCCUCGUCGGCUGGGACAUGGACACCACCGGCAAGAAGGUCAUCGAUGAAAUCUGCCAAAUAGCCGCGUAUACCCCUAGUUCUACUUACUCUCAAUACGUGAUGCCAUACAAGGAUCUCAAUCCGACUGCCAUAAAGCGACACAGUAUGAAGGUCGUGACCAACGGCAAAUUCCGCGUGCUCAGGAAUAGCAAAACCAACGAGGUAAUCAAAUCCAAGAGCGAAGUGUCCGCGCUGACGGAUUUCUUGAGCUGGCUUGAGACCAUCAAAGGAAAUGCCGUGGAUGGUGUAAUUUUGGUUUACCACGAGCCGCGCAAGGUCAUCCCGGCGAUGCUGCUCGAAUCCUUGACGAAGUACGAUCUUCUCGAACGGUUCAAACAGACGGUCAAGGGAUUCGCGAAUGGAUUCAACAUCGCCGAGGAGAAAUGCGCAAGCAUGGCGCACAUCUAUUCCCUUCGUACCUUGUCGCGCACGUUGUUAAAAAAGGAAAUGAAUCUGGGCAAUGCGCAAGAUAGAGCAUCGCUGGCGUUGCAAAUAGCUCAAUACUUGUGCUCGAUUGACAACGUUAAGACCGAAGAUGCAAACGAGAGCGGGGACAACGAUGCAGCUAUGCAAAAAGCUAUGAAAAAAACGAUCGAGAUUAUUCGAGAAUUCGCGCAACCCGUUGACGUCGAGGAGCAAGAACACAACGAAUUGAAGAUGGUAUUCGAACGGCAGAACGACUUGCGGCCGAUAUUCAGCGCACUGUUCCGCAUGAACCGUCGCGAACGUCAACAUGCAAGUCCCCUCCGGCGAUUGCUUGCCGAGGCUGGAAUCGUGUACUCAGAGCUACAGGAUGCCUGGACUAACGCGAAGAAAGAUGGAUUAGAACAUCUGAUGAAAGAAAAGCUGCCUACAGUAGACGAAAAAAAAAUUGAGGAUCUGAUGAUUAUUCUCGAACGUCACUUCGACCCGGAGAAGAAGCCGAAAAGCAGCCGAGAAAGAAUCCAGGAAAAGAAGGGUAUCAAAUCGAGGAACGAGAAGAAGAUAAACGAAGACAAGGAAAAUAACAACAAGAGCGAUUCGGGCCACGACAGUCCCGACAGCCCCGACACCACCACGUCCGGUUCCCCCGUCAAAAUGAACGGCGACGACGUCGAGAUUAAAACGGAGGAGUGCGCUUUAGCGAAGGAGUGCGCUUUAACGCAGGAAUGCGCUUUAACGCAAGAAUGCGCCUAACGCGUUUAACGAUGCCGACUUCUUUUACGCGCCGCGAAGCCAUUAUGCCUUCAUUGCUCGUUAUAGUUCGGACGGAGCGUGAACGUGUAUUCUUUUUUUUUGUUUUGUUGCCAUAAUCGUGCAGAUGACGAAAAAAUUUAAAUUGAUAAGUCACGCACAUGACGAACGUAGAUUUAACGCGCCGAAAUGAAAUGCAACUCGCGAUUUUAAUCCGACUUACAUUGCAGCAAAAAAGUGCACUGUAUUUCAUAGAACAAUUCGCUAAAUUUACGUUCCUUUUUAUAUUGAGAAGAAUCGCAAAAGGAUGCGUUUUUUUUUCGCAAUAAUUCUAAGAUAAACACAUUAAUAUAAGAUUACGAUCGCCCCAUCGGGCGAUGUUGUGCGUGAUCAAAGACAAGUGUUAUUUGUUACAGUAUUGUUUUUCUGUUUUUUUUCUUUUUUUUAUUGUUCAGUUAUUCCCCGACCGGCGUUAUAUUAUUAAGAAAAGGACAGGUUUCCUACGCGGAACGCCGUCGGACGUAACUCUAAUGUACAAAUAACACGUUAAACGACGUUUAGUUUAUUUACACGCAAAGAUAUAUAUAUAUUUAAUAUCGUUUACAUUUCGUAAUUUUAUACUCAUUUGUUUUCUCUCCUCGUUUUCUCUUAUUUCUUUCUCUUUUAUUUACCCCACAGAAUUUGUACGCUCGCUACAUGGCGAGAGCGUCCGUUUAUAGACUGCUCCGCAUGAAAAGCAUAGAAAAUAUCGCGGGCUUUGUUAUCACAUAGUUCACGACGUGUACGAUAACGUGCACGAUAUUUUCUACUUUUUACCGUUUAAGCCGCGCGCAAGGCGCGUGUGGUAGUAUUAGAGAUAUAUAUAUAUUUUUGUAUUGUCGCGCAAUAAUAUAUACGCCAUUUUGUUUCUGCUGCGAAAGCUCUUUGUAUCAGAAUUGGAUAAUAAAAAGAUUCGAGUUUAUGUA